GAGGUAACCAAUCCCUAUUUUUUUUUUAAGAACCCUUUCGGAAAUUCACCGGUUUCCUUUCCCUCACGAUUCUUUCCCUUGUUUUUUUUCUUCUCUCUCUUCGCCAAUAGCUGCCGUCUUCCUCUCUCUCACGAGCUUCACAUUUGCUCCGCUGCCUCUUUCUAACGACUUCACAUUUGGUCCGCUUCCUCUCUCGAGCUUCCUCGAUCGCUUUCAAGAAAUCGCUACUCUCGAAGAGAAUAGUUUUGGCAUGUUAUAAGCCAACCAAAGAGAAAAAAACAGAAUAAGAAGAUGAAAUCAGUUGUGGGAGUUGUCGUGUCAGAUAAGAUGCAGAAAUCAGUGGUAGUAGCAGUGGACAGGCUCUUCCAUCACAAGCUUUACAACCGCUACGUCAAGCGCACCUCCAAGUUCAUGGCCCAUGACGAAAACGAUCAAUGCAACAUUGGUGACAGGGUUAAAUUGGAUCCUUCUAGGCCAUUGAGCAAGCGUAAGCAUUGGGUUGUUGCUGAAGUUCUUAAGAAAGCAAGAAUUUAUGUACCACCAUCCAUGGAUAAAGCUGCAAAUGCAAACUUCAAGAAUGAAGCACCGUCUUCUUCAACCCCUUAAGGAGGUGGGAGCUUUCAUGAACUUGACACGAAUGGUAUUCUUACCUUAAUGAAGUCAGAAGUGCACACCUCUAGAAAUUGUAAAUGUGCUUCCAAGAGAUCUUUCUUUGAUAAGAGAGACAUUACUUAUUAAGUAUCUUGUGCUUAAGAAUUCUUCCACUAAAUUUAUUUUUUAGAUGCUCGCUUUCCACAAUUCAAGUGAUUCAUAUAAUGGUUUAUGUUGUUAGUCUCCUAAAACAUUUAGUAUACCAUCAAUUGCAUUUAAAAUUGUCUCCCUUUGUCUUGCAUUUUGAAUAACCCAGCGGGCUAUUAUAUUAAAGCAAUAAAAGUAUAUUAAUAAAAUUACAGUUAAAGAAAUAUUUUUCUAAAUAAAUUUUACAAGAUUUGAGACCUUUUUUGCAUAUCAUCUCUAUUUUAUUUAAAAAUUAAUGAAAUUAUACAUAAUAAAUUUAUAUUUUCUAUUAUCAUAUCCUACCAUGUGAUCUAGUUUUUCAAAAAAUUCCAUAUUGUAAUGUCUGUAUCAAAUCAUACUCUUAUUCGUGCUUCCUAGCUUUCUAGCGUUUUUUUUUUUUUUUUGAGUAUCAGCUGCCACAAGUACAAGGAACACUAAAAUUUAAAAAAAACCUGUGGAUGUAUAGGAGUAUUAUUCUAAUGUAGGAGCAUUCUAGAAUUUAUCUAAUUGUUUAUCGUCAUAUGUAUUCCUUUAUAUGUAUUGUUUUACUAUUAUUCUUAGUUAAUAAUUAUGUUUUUAUUUUAUUAAGUGGUCAUAUGACUAGCAUGUGGUUUAUGUGAUUAGGUGUGAUUUUCUUGUAUGCAAGGGUUAAGAUUAAAAGCUGUUCUAACCCAGAUAUAAGUAGACCUUUAGACACAUUAGGUAGUUGCAUUGUAUUGAAAUUUAUUUUGUUAGAUGUUCUACAACCUUAAACACAAAUUACUUUGUUCCUACUUUGAUUUUACAUCAAUCUUAGCCUUUGUUUUUGUUUUCUUUCAUUGUUUUCGUUUUCUUUGUAUUGUUUCUACUUUUGCACUAUAUCAAAGACCAAAACAAUGAAAGAAUCUCUAAUAGAAAAACUAAAACAAAUCCUAAACAAGGCUAAAGUAGAAACAAGAAAAAAGAAACUAAACAAUGAAAGAAAACCAGACAGAAGGAUAAAAUUGGUGUAAAAUUGAAGUAGGAACAAAAUAACUAGAGGUUAAGGUUGUAGAACCUCAAACGGUAUAACAUGGUUGCUUGAUGUGUCUAAAGGACUACAUAUGUUAGGCUUAUAUCAGUUUUUAAUUUAGCCCUUGGAUAAAUCACAUCUAUUCCUAGCUAUUCAAACUCAUUAAGACAUUCCAUGCUAGUUACAUGACCACUUAAUAAUGCAAAACUAUAAUUACUAACUAAUAACUAUAGUAAAACAGUAAAUAUAAAGGAAUACAUGAUAAACAAUUGUGCUUAACCUUUUCCACCAUAAAGGAAAUGAAUAUCAGCAGCCAAUGAAUCAAAGCUCAUGGAGUCGGAAAAAGUAAUGUAUCAUAAUCUUAUGUUCUGUUUUUCUAUAGAUAUGUUCUUUGACUCUGUAAUUAUGAAGAAUUGUCUGUUCAAAGCCUACCUAUUCAGUGCCCUUGUUGAGCUUUAAUAGCUUGAUGUUUAUCAAUUUUAUCAACAAGCAUAAAAGUCUUUAUAUGUUAUGUUACCAUUGGUACAUUGUGAGCUUGUUUUAGAAUGUACCAGGGAAGUAAUCAAGCCCAAUUUUAUAGUUUAAUGCCCUUUAUGAAAAGCUCAUAUUCUUUAUCUUCCUCACCAGGCACUAAUGUAGUUGUUGUUGCAGCCACCCAAUCCUGCACAAUGCUGUAACCCUUUAGAUUCUCUCAAUUGAUGAUUUAACCUUCCACUCAAUUUUUCAUCUCUAAUCUUUCUUGUGAACAAUGAUCCUUCCACCAUCAUGUUCAAUGCAUUUCCAAUGUGUCUUGACUGUGUCCUAACAUUUUAUUAUUUUCUUGGCAUGUCCUUUCGUAUCUGAUAUGUAUAUCUUAACGUGUCUGAGGCAUAUUCC